GAUUCUAUUGAUGUCUUUGGUUGUGACACUGCCACCACAGCAUUACCCAUUCAUAGUUUCAUGUACACAAAAAAUUCUCCACCUCAAAAAUUCUAAAUAUAAAUAUUUCCAUUCUCAUCAAAAUAUCAACCACCAUUUUUAUAUUCUUAUUUUUAUUCAUGUUGUAUUUUAUUUCUUUCUUUGCUCAAUUGGUGAUUUGAAUGGCUCAAUUACUAUCUCCACUAUACACAGAAGCUCUCAAAAUUCACAACCCAUCACUGAAUUUGUGUCACAGAACCUCAUGGCAGAUGGCACAAAAGACUGCAACUGGUUCUUGCAGUUUUGCAACACGCAGUUCCAAAAGAAAAAGCUUUGGUAGGGUAAGAGUUGCUACUGAUCAAGAUUCAUUUUCAACUAAUGACACUGUUGGAGCAGAUGACUAUUAUGCAGUUUUGGGUCUGCUUCCAGAUGCAACACCAGAGCAGAUCAAGAAGGCAUACUACACUUGUAUGAAAACUUGCCACCCGGAUUUGAGCGGCAAUGAUCCUGAGACCACAAAUUUCUGCACCUUCAUCAACGAAGUCUAUGAGGUGCUCAGUGAUCCAAUUCAGCGCAGGGUUUAUGAUGAUAUACAUGGGUAUUCUUUGACAUCAAUCAACCCCUUCGUGGAUGAUUCUAGUCCAAAGGAUCAUGUUUUUGUUGAUGAAUUCAGCUGCAUAGGCUGCAAAAACUGUGCCAAUGUUGCCUGUGAUGUGUUUGGAAUUGAAGAAGACUUUGGAAGAGCCAGAGUAUACAAUCAGUGCGGGAACCCAGAAUUAAUUCAGCAGGCUAUUGAUAGUUGCCCUGUUGACUGCAUUCAUUGGACAUCAGCUGCACAACUAUCAUUACUUGAAGACGAAAUGCGCCGUAUAGAAAGAGUCAAUGUUGCUCUGAUGCUCUCAGGAAUGGGAUCAGCAUUAAGCGACGUUUUCAGAAUGGCAAAUACCCGAUGGGAGAAAAGGCAGUUAAAAUUCUUGGAACAAGCGAGAUCGAGAAUGAUGAAGCAGAAAGGUUACGAUAAAACUAAUUCAUACUGGGACAAUCUUCGUGGAAAACCAAGAGACUACAAAAGUUCAGAGGAGGAAGUAAACGAAAGAGCUAAAAGAGCUGCAGCUGCUGCUAGAAAAUGGAGAGAAUACUCAAGGAAGAAGAGUGCUGCCCCCACAGUCAAACUUCCAGAGGCAACUUCCUCCACCAAGGACAAGUGACCCUUAUUUUCCAUAUAAUAUAUUCUCUGCCAUGUAAUUAAUUCAUCCAUAUAUAGCAUGUCAAUGAUGUCAUUGAGUUUGAUAAGUCAAUUUCUCAUUAACAAUCCAUAAUUGUAAUUGUAAUCUGGGUAAAUAUAACAAACAUACAUGAUUUAUAGUAAAUAUUACACGGAUAAAUAAAUAAAAGAAAGCUAGUUCAAUGUA